AUGCGUAAAACUCGGAAGAUGGGCAGGCCCCUUCCUCGCCUCACGCCCCGCUUUGCAGUCAUACCUCAUGGCGAAUCCCGAACGAAGGGCUUCCAGCCGCCUCCCUCGUUUGGGAAGCGCCCUGCCAACUGGUCCAGGCCCAGGGCACAGUCACCAGGCACGGUGCCCAGCAAAGGCGGGAAAGGAGGCGCUGCUGCAAGCCGACCGAGUCCCUGCAGUGGCGCGCGAGGAGAGGAGGAGGCGGGCCGCGGGAGAGCCUAUCUUUACCACGAGGCGGGGCUGCCCCGGAGUGAGCCGGCCCCUUCACAUGGAAUUGCCGCCGCGAGGACGCUGCACGCCGAGACCGGAGAGCGCGGGGCCGGAGCAGGUGAGUUUCGCCUGGCGUGCAUAAGGAACCGCUUCCCGCGGCCUGCCCGGGGGGCCCAGGCGCUAGGCGGGAACGGAGAGACCCCCCCCCCCCGAGCCGGGAGGAGCGACGUGGCUCCGCAAGCCGAUGCCAGCCAAGCCGAUGAUGGAUGGGCCGGGGUGGUGGCGCGUGUGCCUGGCAUCGGGAGCCAACUCUCCCCGGAGCGACGAGCGCGGGGAGCGCAGUGGCAGGUGCCUGUUGCUGCUCCGGAGGGCGGAGAUGGGCUUCCUGCCUUGCUCGCUCCGCGGCCACGAGGCGAGCGGUGCCAGCCUGGCACUCGGCUCUAGGGGGCUCACCUCUGCUUCCUUUCCAGCAGGCGGCUCGAGGAGUCGCUCCGGUUUCACGGAGGCGGCAGAGCAGAUCCUAAGGGCGCGAGCAACUUAGUGUCUGUAUUUAUAUAUCUCUGUCCGUCCAUUCAUCCCUUUUCCCACCCGCUGCCCUGAAACGUAGGUUGCCAGAGUAACGCUUAUUUCUCUCAGAAUAAAUAGGCUCCCAAGUAGCGGCGGUGGUGACUUUUUUGAAGUUGGCGGGAAGAGAAGUUGGCGGGAAGGGGGUUAGGAUGCCCGUGGUCGGGGCUGGGGGGCUUUUCCCCAUCUUCGUCCACCUCUUAUGAGUCAUACUCUGUUCUUUUUCGACAUUUAAGAGCUUGUGAGCCGUUCCCCUUUCUUUGAAUAAAAGAGUCUAACGAUUUCUUCCCACCUCGUGGUAACGGGGACCGCUCCCACUGGAAUCCCUCUAUUGUUUCUGACGUAUCACAGCGCCGCCGUUCGUCUUAAAAGGAAUUGCUUAUCUUUCCAGAUGGCGAUCGUGUAAACUGUGUAUCCCUUACAUUUAUUGAGCUAUUCCAUACUGCAUGGAGGUGGUUAGCGUAGACUGUGCGAGAGAGUCCUGUGAGCUGGUCUUGGGCACACCAUUUUAUUUAUUUUUUGCACACCUACGGAUGGUUGCCUGUGCACAGGAUUGUGUGAGUGGUAUAACCAAAGUCUCCUAUGGAGACUUCAAAAUUUGUACCCACAUGCAACAAUUGCUGCUUUUUCUUGGAUCUUCUCCGGUAUUCCUGAGAAUACCAACCUUAGUGUGCUGCCUUUUUUAAGCAGGGGUGGAGAACCUGGGCCAUAUCUUUAUUUCCCCUCACAGUCAACUUUGACAGGCGGUUGAGACUACUCCCCAGUCAAUCACCUGUGUGAGGAAAGAUAGUGACCAAGCAGAAUAGCACUCCCCCCGCCCCGUGCAUCAGAUGAUCAAGCUUCCUGCAGGCUUUGAAUGGCAGUUGCGGGAAAACACAGAAAGGGAGGAUGCUUUUGUGCUUGGGUCCUGCUUGUGGGUUUUUCACAAGCAUCUGAUAUGGGUCACUGUGGUAGCAGGAUGCUGGACUAGUUAGUUAGGCCAUUGGCCGGAUUCAGCAGGCUCUUUCGGUGGGAGAAAGGAUGUGUGUGUAUAAGUGGGUUUUAGUUACAUGCGCCUAGGGUUUUAGAGUAGGUUCAUGGGGUUAUGUCAGCAUUGGAUUUUGAGGAGCAGUUUGAAGCAAGCAGGAAAUUAGGAAAGUGCCUUGAUCUGUCUAGAUUACUCCAGAUGUGGUGGGUCCAACAUCUGGAGGGCCACAGGUUCCCUACCCCAUGUCUACGCAGACUGGAAGUGGCCACAGUGGUGUAACGCUGCUUGUCAGCACCCGGGGCAGGGGUGGAGCAUGCUCGCCAGAUGGUGUUGGAAUGCAUUCACCGAGCCCUCACCACUGUUGGGCAGGUGUGUGCCGGGUGGGCACGGAGGGUGCCCUUCACUCUCCGCUCUCACCAAGCCCCCACCACUGGGCCAAAGCAGGGCAUAGGGAUCUCUGCACAGUCCCCACCAGAUUCUGUGCACAGGACCUUGGCACCCCUGGCACCCCCCACGCUACUCCACUGAGUGGCCAUCCAGGGUUUGAAAGAGGGGCAUUUCCCAGGCCUACCUAGAGGUGGCAGGGAUUGAAUCUGCAUACAAAACCUGUGCUGUGCUAGUAAGCUGCAACCCUUACUCAGGCAAGGCAAGUGGCAUCAUACAGGUGUCCUGAGAGGCAAUUUCAAGCAUAAAAGGUAGCAAGAGAGAGAGAGAGAGCAGAAUGCUUAAAAAGGAGCAGGAGACUUGACUGUUUGAGGGUGAUGGAACUAGAGAAGUGAAUAUUACAAUUGGAGAAAGUAGGAUAGUAGGAAGAUGAGGGAGAGGGCAAAUUGUGAAGGGAACCUUCAAUUGCUACCAUUCCAAACGCACUUUCUUCAUGCACAUUCAGCUCACUUUUUCCUAUUCAGUCUGCCAGUCGUUACUGUCAGGUUCCUGACCUCUUUCCCUUUAACAUGGACUGAAGGGUGAGCUAGACAAUAAUCAGGAUCUAAAAAGUUGGGGAAGUGAGAGUUUAACAGUUUCCUCACCUGCUUCAGUCCUAACCAAAAUUCCUCAUCUGAAACUGCUUUUUUGGAUUGUGAGAAAAUACCAAUGCAAAUAGUAGCAGAGGAGGAAUUUUUGUUAGGAUUAAGGCAGGGUAGCAAAUGUUUAAGCUUCCCCCUCUUGCUGCUGAGAUCAUGAUAAUUAUCACCCCCCAUAAGAUGGUAUUUUCAUUUAAAGAUACAGGUAGGUAGCCGUGUUGGUGUGCCGUAGUUGAAACAAAAUUACAAAAUUCCUUCCAGUAGCACCUUAGAGACCAACUAAGCUAUAUCUGAAGAAGUGUGCAUGCACACAUAAGCUCAUACCAAUAACUAACUUAGUUGGUCUCUAAGGUUCUACUGGAAGGAAUUUUGUAAUUUUGUUUCAUUUAAAGAAACAUACAGAUUAAAGGCAAAGUCACAUUUGACUAUCCAGUUUAGCAUUUUGUCUUUUCUAUAAUCUGUGCUGCUUUUCCCACACCUGGUGCUAAAUGACAGACAAAUAGAAUAGGGAAAACCAAGUAUUUUAUUGUACCAAAGCAACUAGUUAUUCAGUGUGUCUGUAUCUCAAAGCUUGGGAAAGCAUUCCAGUAACAAAGCAUAAGGAGAUAAGAAGGUUUGGGAAGCAGAAGGAAAUAAAUCAAUGAAUAUUUAAUAGACUUUUAACAGGGAUAUUUGGACUUGGCAUAGACUUUAUGCUGUUGCGAGUGGCAUUGGAUUAUAUGAUAAAUGUGGGGUCUUAAUUAGAAACAAUUUGUGUAAGUCAGGCUGCCAAUAAAAGUACAGUUUUAUUGAAUAUAAUGACAAUGUAUUGCACUCAGUAUUUAUCAGGCAUGAUGAUCAUACCGUGGAGUUAAGCUAUUAUAUACUGAGCACUUUAAGAAAACAAGAGUAGCCUUGUUACUCUGUAAGAAAACAACUCCAGUUUCCACAGUUGGGUAAUACCUUUAUUUGGACCGACUGAAAGAUUACAAAGAUGUGGCAAACUUUUGAAUUCUCCAGAAUUAUUCAGCAGGCAAGAUGUUGUACAAUUAGGGGUGGUUGCACAGGGCAAAAUGUAAUAAAGUAAUAAAAACAGACUGAAUGUUGUAGGUGUGGGGUCAGUUUACAGACAAAGUCAAGCUGAAUUCCACCCAUUGUUUUUCUAUGGUGCGCAGAAUUAUUGCUAAAUCUUCCAGCAGUUGCAAAAAUUGAUUCACUCCAGAUAAAGAGGCACAUCCUUCAGCAAUAGAAGUACCUCCUUGUAUCCAUCCAUCAAAGUAUAGAUGAGGCUGCCUUUUGCAGAGUCAGAGCAAAAUAAAACACCUGCAGCAGUAGUGUGUACUUUCAUGGUCAGCAGAUUUCCAAACUCUCAUAGUUGAGGGGAGGUAGGGAGAUCUGAUUAAUUGAUUAUUUAAUUUCUAUACCAUUUAAUACAUUUUAAAUAUAUCUAAACUGUGUAUAAAAACUGAAGCAACAACUUAAACAAAAUAUUACAAAUAUGCAGUUACAUAUAAAAAUGUUACAUUAAUACAAAGUAUACAAAUAUAUAAAAAUCAAUAUCAAUUCAUUUUCCUUCUGACACACCCACCCUCUCAGCUUUUGGGUUUGCACCCAGGGUCUGAUAGGUGGAUCUUUAAAAAAACAAAACAAAACCCAAGUACCCUUAAAUGCCCUUACACUUAAAUAAGUUAAAAUGAUUCCUUGCCCUCUUUUCAAGGGGCACCCCCGUUCACAAAAGUUGUAGAGAGACGUAAAAUACAGAACGUCAUAUCAGCAGAGCACCCCAUCAAACCUGCUAAUUUACAGGCCAGCAGCAAUAAAAAUAAAAAGUAUACAAUAAAAUGAACCAAACCUGGGCUGGUUAGAAUGUUUUUAAGAUCUUGAAAAUUGACAAUGAUGGGGCCAUUGGGGCCCCUCCUUAGGAAGGGAGUUCCAAAGGUGCCAGUCCACCAAUGAAAAGCCCUUGUCUCAGGUACCCACCAAUGUAAUUGCUCUUACUAGCAGGCCGGAGGGCAGGGCCCCCCUCAUACAGACUACAGCUCAGGCAGUGUUAUAAAAUAGAUAUUAAAGCUAGGAGCUAAAUGGCAUCUUAAACCUAGGUUAUGGGUGCAACAACGUAAUUUUUAGGCACACUUUUUAUAACAAAGCUGAAAAUGAACUGCAGCUAAAAUAUUAUGUUCAUUUUUCACAUGGUCUACUCCUUCCCCUGCCCACCCCCUGAUAUUCUUAAGAGGGUCUCUUCUCCAGUUUACAGAAAGUAGCUGGAAGUGGGGAGGCAGAAAAAAGGUGCUCCUUUCCUUCCACUCUGAAGUUUUAAUCUGAAAUUUUAGGCGCAAUACUGCACCCACAGAGCUCAGAAACUGCUCGCGCUAAUGAAACUCCCUGUCUUAAAAUGCGCCUAGAACAAUGGGAGUUUCGAACACUUGAGCUCAGGCAGGUGUAUUUGAUCACAGGUAGGGGUAAUAAUUGUUCAUUUAAAUUGUUGAGGAAAGCCUUUGUGCCAGGCACUAGUAGGAAUCCCCCCUCCCACCUCCCAGUUCUGCAUCAUUCCGACCACCUCCUGGCUAUUUGCCCUGCAAGACUUGUGCCACCAGUGUGCCAAGCAAGCCCUUAGCCACACUUGGGAACAACAAGCACUGAAACUGUGGGGCCUGAGAGUUGUGAAAGAACAAGGUGUUAUAAAAAGAUUGAGAUUAAUGCCUCCAUGAGUCAUAACACUCCUGGAACAAGCAUUUCAGUUCUGAGCUCUUUGAUAGACCUACAACCUGCAAGUUGACUCUUAAACAACAGGGAAGGAGGAUCCUUGUGUUCAUUUUACACAUAAAAGGACCAAAGACCAUAGGUGGGGUUUCCACUUCUCUAGUCGCUCUAAAAAAAUGAUGCUAAGGAAGAGAAGGUGUAAAGAAAGCAGCUAAUGCCAACCUAGCAGUUCGAAAGCAUGCCAGUGCAAGUAGAUAAAUAGGGUUGUUGUUUUUUAACCUUUACCAAAGAAAGCAACAUAUUUGCUGCUCACAAAGCUUAGGCCAGGGGUCAGCAAACUUUUUCAGCAGGGGGCCGGUCUGCUGUCCCUCAGACCUUGUGGGGGGCCGGAUUAUAUUUUUUGGGGGGAAAUAAAUGAAUUCCUAUGCCCCACAAAUAACCCAGAGGUGCAUUUUAAAUAAAAGCACACAUUCUACCCAUGUAAAAACACACUGAUUCCUGGACUGUCCGUGGGCCAGAUUUAAAGGCGAUUGGGCCAGAUCCGGCCCCUGGGCCUUAGUUUGCCUACCCAUGGCUUAGGCUAUGUCAGGCAUAGGCAACCUCGGCCCACCAGAUGUUUUGGGACUACAAUUCCCAUCAUCCCUGACCACUGGUCCUGUUAGCUAGGGAUCAUGGGAGUUGUAGUCCCACAACAUUUGGAAGGCCGAGGUUGCCUAUGCCUGGGCUAUGUCAACACCAGCACGUUUGAAAUGUUUCAUCCAUUCUUUUUCAUUUCUUUUUUUUUUUAAAGUAAUAUUUAUUAAGAUUUGAAAGGUUACAAAAAGGAAAAAGGAAAAAUAAAAAAACAGCAUAUUAAGCAAAAACAGAACAUCACAUCACAAUACGGAAAAGGGAAAAAAAAGAAAAAAAAAGAUAAUACAAUGAAUCUUCCCAUAACUUAUCUUUCAUUUACUUAUUUCCUUGACCUCCUCACACCUCCCUUUUUUGCAUUCUAGUUCAGUUAGCUAUUUCAGCAAAUCCUUUCCAUCUUUUCCAGUUUUUGUCCUAUAUUUUAUCUUAAUAUCAUGUAACUUUACCUUCCCUCCUUUCACCAUUUAACAAUCUGUUUUUUCUUAAUCCUUUAUAGCAUUUCUGCUAAAACCACAUUACUUCAUUCCAACAUCCAUCUAACAUUCCUUAAUUUUACAAUGUUUCUGUAAAUAAACUUUAAAUUUCUUCCAAACUUCUUCCACCGACUCUUCUCCCUGGUCUCGGAUUCUGCCAGUCAUUUCCGCCAAUUCCAUAUAGUCCAUCAACUUCAUCUGCCAUUCUUCCCGGGUGGGUAGAUCUUGUGUCUUCCAAUACUUCGCGAUGAGUAUUCUUGCUGCUGUUGUGGCAUACAUAAAGAAAGUUCUAUCCUUUUUUGGCACCAAUUGGCCAACCAUGCCCAGGAGAAAGGCCUCUGGUUUCUUCAGGAAGGUAUAUUUAAAUACCUUUUUCAUUUCAUUAUAAAUCAUCUCCCAGAAUGUCUUAAUCCUUGGGCACGUCCACCAAAGGUGAAAAAAUGUACCUUCAGUCUCUUUACAUUUCCAACAUUUAUUAUCGGGCAAGUGAUACAUUUUUGCAAGCUUGCAUUCUUUUUCAUUUCUUAGUUCCAGCCCCACACUGAAAUAGCCCUGGAUUUGCACCACUGUUCUCAUGCAUGCACACAUUAGGUGUUUGGAUGACAUGCUAGAUCAUAAAACAUGACUUACCAUGGAUUAGUAGUGUGCAAAUGGAAAAAUGUUCCCAGAUCUGUAAGCAUGCACCCCCCCCCCAAUAAAUUUAAAGCACAUAGCUUCCACACAAAAAUCUGGAUUCUUGGGGGGAAGCCAUGUGCUUUAAAUAUAUGGUGCGUUCUCAGCCUCUGUUUGGAUCUGUACUGGCCAGCCUUCUUACUGUAUCUGAUAUAGGAAGAUGGGACAUAUAACCUCUAGUUUUCUGUAUACAGCUCAAGCUCUCUCACUUAGCCUUUGCAUGUUCAGAUACAGAUAAAGUGCAUACUUAGUGCAAAUUUAAAGGAAACCAAACCCCUUACAUGAGAGAAUGGGAAUCUUAUGUUCUACAACAGGGGUGGCUAACGUUCUUUCAGCAGAGGGCUGCAUUGACUCAUGGUUAGUUGUCAAAGGGUGCAGGGGUGCAUGUCAGAAUGGGUCUGGCCAAACUGGAAAAGUAGCUGCAUUAAGAACUGUAAUUCUCAAAGCCGCCUUACAUAAGACACCCCCGUCAGCUACCACUAUUUUUAAUCAAUUUUAAAUCAUUCAUUAUUAAAUUAUGUAACCAAAAAGUAUUUUUAAACAAACAUAUUUUACGGAGCGACUUGGAGGGACACACACAAACACAACAUUUUGCCAUCACAGUAGGGGACCUACAGGAGCAGUCAAUUACCGGUACUAUUUUUUUUAUAUAUAAAAAAAGACAAAUGGGGGGGGCGGUUGCUUUUGCCGUGCAUUCUCUCCAGUAUGCCUUGCCUCUUUAAGCCAGUGCAGAAUCUGUACAUUGAACCCUUGCCCAUGCUUAUUUCUUAAAUGAAAGGUGCCAAAGUUCAGCUCUGCCUCAAAGUCCCACCCCACUAACCUUGAUGCAUUUAUCUCUAAUUUCAGAUAGGUGUGAGCAAGUUGUGCUGAUACAGUCAUAAUAGAAACCAAGGCACUCUAGACAUGCUCUGUCAUAGUCUAGCAGCUAACAAUGCACUCUGUUUAUUUGUUUCCGCACUGACCCUCUCUUUGUUGCUGAGAUUAUCUGCUCAUUCAUGCUACAUGUGCUGCAAGUGGCGCAGACAGUAGGUGGUUGUUGCACUCCUGCACUUGGAUAAAGCCCGGUGUUGCACAACUCUCUAUUCCCUAAUUUGUGGCAAAACCACAUUAUGGCACAAUACAGUGGUACCUCUAGUUACAAACUUAAUUCAUUCCGGAGGUCUGUUCUUAACCUGAAACUGUUCUUAACUAGAGGCGCGCUUUUGCUAAUGGGGCCUUUUGCUGAUGCUGCACCGCCAUCACACGAUUUCCGUUCUCAUCCUGGGGCAAAGUUAUCAACUCGAGGUAACUCUUCCAGGUUAGCAGAGUUUGUAACCUGAAGCAUUUGUAACCUGAGGCGUUUGUAACUCAAGGUACCACUGUAUUUAUUAUGUUAUAUUAUAUUAUUAUUAUUAAUGGCUACUGUGGUGUACACCAGAGGAACUCAGUCUUCUACUUGGUUGUACGCUUGCCAAAAAGGUUGUUGGUUGCUGAUCUAGAUACUGUUUCAGUUGGGGACCUGAUACUUUAUACUUUCAAAAGUUCUAUUUAGGCCUUAACAGCUGCAUCCAAACCCAAAGACCUCUUAACUUCAUUUUUAGUAGCAAUGGAGAUCUCCAUUUUUCCAGAUGUGCCCCAAAGCAAAGUGCUGGGCCCUCUUCCUUAUCCUGAAUGGACCCCUACUAAGUACUCACUGACCUCUUUACAGGGUCCAGGAGAAAACGGGCAAAAGCUUCUUCUUUUCCAGCUGCUACAGAAAGUUGGUUCUGUUGGGCAUGGCUGGCCCACACUGCCUUCUUAUAACAGGGUGGGGAUAGAGCUUAGUCCUGGGGCCAGGAGAGGCAGAAAAGGAUGGGCUGUUAGGAAGGGAAGGGCUUUCUUGGGUUUUAAAUGGGCAGGUCCUCUCCUGUGCUCUUUGGGGCUUGGUACGUCAGCAGAAAGCUUUGAUUUUAGGGAUAAAAAAGCUAUGUGAAGAAUGACUGUGUCAGCUGGGGCAUAUACUGUCUCCCUCUUAAAUUCAAAGGUUGCACCCUGUACCUUAACCAAGGCAGAGGCUCCCACCUUCUGAUGGAAGGGUGAGUGGAAACCAAAUAUACUUCCUCCUUUGCAUCAGUGAGGCAGGUGGUCCUUCCCCUUCACGUACCCCUCAUUAUUGGACAAACCAUCAAGCACUGGUAAAUACAAGCCCAGUAACUAGAGGCUUCUGUUAUUGCAGACACUCAAGUUAAUCACAACUAAACCAGCAUUAAGAUCAAACCUAGAACACAGAUGGCACAGAUGUUGCAGGGAGGGGCGGGUUUUUAAAGAUGGAGCAGUAAACUCCUGAUUCAGCAAGACUUUCUAUCCUUUUGGGUUCUUUGAAUGGAGAGCUGUUCUUUAACCUUGGCUGACCCGAUAAAGAGGGGAAGUCCAUCUAUCACACAGGAAAUGUUGACAGUUGUGUGAGUCUACUUCUUUUAACAAAUAUCUGAGAUUAGUUUUUGGAAAACAUCAUUCGAAGACUGUGCUGACUUGGUUGCCUUCCAAACCACCUGAUCUAGCUCUCGUGUACUAUGCUACAAGUCCAUAAAAACUUAUGCAAUAAUACAUUUGUUGAUCUUUAAGGUGCCGCAAGACUCUCUGUUGUUUUCCUGCAAGAGAUUAGCACUCUGGAACCGGCUGACAUAAGAAGUGGCAGAAACUUAUUGCGUUUCUGUCUCUUGCAACAUAAAUUAAGUCUAGGCUUGGCACACUUGUUGUUGCAACCAACCAAAGUAGCCACUUUUCCUUGUAAAUUAUAUGGAAAUUUUCUUUGGAAAGUUACUCCUGCCGACUCUUCAUUUCCUGGUAAGCAUCUGUAAUUGUUUUCCUGUGGUGUGUCAUCUGAGCAGACAAAUAUUGGGAGAAGAAGCAGUGGAUGUACAAGAAUGUCAGGUUGUUUCGGGAGGUGGAUUAAGAAACUUGUUAAGGUUGCAGUUCCUCCCUCACUGACCUGAGAGUAAAUCCCAUUGACUUCAGUUGGGUGUGCUUCUGAGUAGACAUAGGAUUGAACUACUAAGAUCAGGCACCCCCAACCUGCAGCCCUCCAGAUGUUUUGGCCUACAACUCCCAUGAUCCCUAGCUAACAGGACCAGUGGUCAGGGAUGAUGGGAAUUGUAGUCCAGAACAUCUGGAGGGCCGAAGGUUGGGGAUGCCUGACUAAGAUGGUAUGGAAUGUUUUGCAAUAUAUUACUUUGGGAAGACCAUGCUACAGUGAUAAUGGAAAUGCUUCUCAGAUAAAGAUUGCUGGGGCAAGAAGCCCAGCUACUUAAUGCUCAUGGAGAAUGCCAGGGUAUUCUAGCUAAUCUGAAAAUACUGCUUUGCUUAUCUGAAAAGUCCCUUUUGCUGUUGGCAGUGGAAACUGAAUUACGCUUUUUAGUCUGCUGUUUGGUCAUUGCUUGCGCACUGUUUAAAGGGCAGCCAGGAACAUUUUCAAGAGGUGUCAGCAAAUCAAGAGAUAGUGCCAGUUCUGUUGUACAAAGUAUGUGUUUAUGUAAAGCCUUCCAGUCUUUCUGGAACCUUAGUUUAUAGCCCCAAUGGCCUUUCAACUAUCAUGCAAAUAUUUCUGGAACAGGAUACCAGAUGGUUGGCUAGCUCCAGCCCACUCCCAUGGUGGUACUUGAUGGAAAGUCCCUUAACCAGUAAUGCUUUCCGCAGAAUCUAGUUUAUAGUUUGUUUAUAAAAUCAUUUAUAUACCUCUGUAUCAUAAAGUAUCACAGGGAUGGCUGUUAGUAUCACCCCUUUGGAACUUAGCAGAGGCUGCCAGGGCCACUUGUUGGACCACCGUGCUCCAGAUAUUUUCAGUGAUUGAGUUAGGUUCCGGUGGUCCUUAAAGUAUCCUGGGCCCAAGUUGUUCAGGCUUUGUAUAUCAACGCAACACCCUUGAACCUGGCCCGGUAGCAUAUGGGCAGCCAAUACAGGUGUUUCACCUGAGGUUCAUAUCCUGUCAUUUGUCUGCCCCACACUGCUUUCUGCACUAACUGGAGUUUCUGGACCAGGCCCGAGGGCAGCCCCACAAGGAGUACAUUGUAGUAAUCUAGUCUCAAGGUUACCCAUGUAUGGACUACUCUGGACAAAUUAUUCUGAUCCAGAUACAGCUGUACCUGGCAUACCACAUGAAACUGGUAAAAGGUAGACUUGGCCACAAGAGAGAGGAAAGUAUUUUGGUUAUUAUAGACUGCAAUAUCCCUUAGCAAGGUUUUAUUAGUUGUGGUUGUUAUGUGCUGACCAUAGCUGUCAAUGUUUCCCUUUUUUUAAGGGAAAUUCCCUUAUUCUGAAUACACAGGAGAAGGGAAAAGUUGACAGCUAUGGUGCUGACAUAUUGUCGUUUUGCUGACAUAUGCUACCAAACCCUUAAAGUACAUAUGCAGCGCAAAUGUAAACUAGUUUAAUUGCAAGACCUGUCGUGUUCUCUUGUUCUAUCCCUCUUACCCUGAACAUAAUAGUUGGGAAGGGCUUUGGGGCUUUAGAUGGAACAAUUGUGACUUGCAGCAAAGUGUUGCAGCAUAGCCUCAGCUCUGAGGAGCAGUUUUCUUCUUCAUAGUGCCUGUUGGCCCUUCUCCAGGAUACUUCAUUUCAUUCUCUCUUUUUCAGGUUUCCCCCCAAGCUGAAACUCAAUGUUCCCUGGCUGAGCAUAUGCAUUUGUGAGGGGAGGUUGUGGGGAGGGUGCCCCCUUUGGUUUUUCCUUGUACCACUGGAAACCUUGGAAUUCAGCUGAGCAUGUUGAUACCUUCCUAUUGUUUCAUUUUGGCUCCAAUCCUGUCAGCACUCGACCACCUGAGUUUGCUAUUAAAGGGAAUUGUUUGUGGUGCAGGAGUGCCUUUAGGCCAUACCUGAACCAUGAAUAUAAACCAGUUUAGCUCUCCUGGAUCCUUCCAACUGAACUGUGGCACUACAAAUUAUGAGCAUUUUGCCCUCUAUUCCUGCAGUUCCCUCAGAAAUGGAUAUGUAGCUUAACUUUGAGAGAUGCCCUUCCUGGGGCCUAUCCUAAACCUAUGGAAUAACUAAAGGGAGUUUAUAUUCACUAAGAGAAUUGAAAGCAGCUUUCAUAAUGAGGUGAGAAUAACAUUUCCCCCCACCACCUUGUCUGAGUUCAAGCGGUCUAGGGUCUCAGCAAAGUUGAUUUCACCAGCACGACCCUGAUGCUGCAGAGCCAACAUUUUGGGUUGGUUCCCCCAGAUUUCACUGCUAAGUGUCAAAAGAGCUAACAUUUCUGUUUAUCCAACCAUAUGAUUAAUGAAUACACCCAAUUCAGCACUUGGCUCUCCCUGCCUCUUGUCACGUUCAAACUGACCACACCUUCAGCAACUUGGCACAGAAAUCGGUAUGAGUAGGAUUUGCCUGCUGGGUCACAUGCAGAGAGGAUUGCUGGCAUAUUGGCCUCAACGCUUGCUUUCCUAACCAAGAUGAUCAAUGUAAACAAAGGUAAAAUAAGGGUUGCAUCAUAAACAAGCUACGCACGUGAAAUAUUUUUGGUUCUUUUUAAAAAUGAGGCAAUGAACUCAAAGUAGAUGUCAUGAGACUGAAGUAAUCAUGGAAGCAAAAUAUCCAAAGAAUGUAAGACGAGCCCUAUUGGAUCAUAUCAAUGGUCCAUCUUUUAUGUCUUUUUAGCUGUGAUUUUAGUCAUCUUUUGAGUGCUUUCAAAUGCCUUUUUAAAACUUUUUCUUUAUUUUUGUAAACCACUUAAGAGGAUUUUUUUUACAGUCAAGUGGUUUAUAAAUAUUGUAAAAUAAAUAAAUAGGCAGGAGAACAGAAGACAGCUGGGGACCAUGAGAGCACUCUUCAAAUACUCAAAAGGGUUGUCAUAUAGAAGAGAGCAACAAAUUGUUCUCUGCUUCUUCAGAGGGCAGAACUACAUCCAAUGGGGUUAAAAUACAGGAGCACAGAUUUCAGUUGAACAUUAGGAGAAACUGCUUUGUGGUAAGAACAUCCAACCAAAGAACUACCGGUAAUUACUUUGUUGGAGUGGCAGGGCUCUUGUUUGAUAUGGGGAGGUAUAUUCAAACAGAGGCUGAGCAGCUGCCUGUGGUGAAUUCUGUACUCUCAACCCCACCCCAAGAGUAAUUGAAAAUUGCUGAGGUUCCGGGUGCACUACUUAAUGAUUUUUCUGUCUGUUGUUUAGCAACUGCAAUAUUCUGUGCUAGGAACUAAUAUAUGUAAUAAAAAAUGGAAUUCAAAUGUUAAUACAAUAAGAAAAAGAAGCAAUAAAUAUACAAUUAAAAAUCAAUAUUGGUGUCUUAAUGCAAUUGUGUUAAAUGAAAUUCUCAAAGUUUAGUGUAACUCUGAGUCAUUCCUGACUGUGUGUAGAACUCUACAUUUGGCCCUAUUAAAAUUCAUUCUGUUAGUUUGGGCCUAGUUCUCCAAUCUGUUAAGGUCAUCUUGAAUCCCGAUUCUGUCUUCUGCAGAAUUUGCUACUCCUCGUCUGGCCUACAUUUUGCCAGCUUUUCUGCAAGAAUAUCAUGGGAGACUUUGUGAAAAGCUUUACUGUAUUCAAGAUAUACUAUGCCCACAGCAUUUCCCUGAUCCACCAAGCUUGUAACUCCAUCAAAGAAAGAAAUGAGAUUUAUCUGGCAUCACUAGUUUUGGAGAAAGCCAUGCUUGGUCUUAGUAAUCACAGCAUCCUCUUUUAUGUGCUCACAAACCAACGGUUUAAUUAUUUGUUUUAGGGCCUUUCCUGGUAUUGACAUCAAGCUGACCAGUCAGUAGUUACCUUGGUCUUCUUUUCCCUUCUUUUUGAAGAAGAAGACAACAUUUGCCCACCUCCAGUCUGCAGGAACCUCACCCAUUCUCCAAGAAUUCUCAAAGAUUAUAGGCAGAGGCUCUGAAAUUACACCUGCAAAUUCUUUAGUACCCUUGGGUACAGCUCCUCAGGCCCUGGAGAUCUGAACUCAUUUAAAGUAGCUAGGGGCUCCUUUACCAUCUCUUUUCUUGAGCUUCCUCCUUGCAUCAUUUGUUGUGUUAUCACCAGGUUGGGCACUGCUCUGCUCUAUUUCCUACGGUUAAUUAAGCUAGAUUGCCUCUAUAAAGCCCCCUUCAAAGCCUAUGGGCUCAUCAACACUUUCACAUGACCUGUAAUUUGAUUGCAUUGUGUACCAAUUAAUUUCCCUGGGUCCAAGAGCCUUUCUCGUGGUUAUGCGGCUGUGCCUUGCAAAAAUCCAUUCUUACCGCCUGAAUUGGAUCUUAUCAGAUGUUUAGAAAAUCUGAAGAGAGUUUACGUAGCUGAGCUCUUGGAGCAGGGGGACUUAACCAGUACACAAAACGAUCAAAAUAUGGGUCAAGUAAAAGGUUGGAUGAGCCCCAAGAUUCUAUGAAGUACUUCCUUUUCUCUGUCCCAAAUCUUGAUUUGAUGAGCCUGAGUUCUAGUAUUAUGAGGGAAGGAGGAAAACUUCAAUCAACACAAUGUGCAAUUUUACAAACCUCCCUUAGUCACCUUUCGUCAAGACAUUACGUUGCCUCCUUCCCCCAAACCAGAAGUCCUACUUUCCAGUUCUCUCUGGCAGGAAGGGAGUGAGUUACAAACAGCAAGAGGAUGUGUGGCAACCAGCGAUUCAUUUUUAAUGAGUAAAUGUUUAGGUCUAUACCUUUUACAGCCUAAAAAUAGAGAUCGGGAGUGUGUGUGAUUUUGUAUUUCCUUCUUUGCCUUUCCAAAGAAAAUAAUUGAGGGGGGGGGGGGGAUUUCAGUGUUGAGCAGGGAUUUAGUCUCCACGAGUCCUAACCUCACAUUCUACUCACUAUAUACCACAGGAAGGGUCCCUUAGGAUCAUCUAGUCCAACCCCCUGCAAUGCAGGAAUAUCCAGCUGUCUCAUCAGGAGAUCACACCUGCAACCUUGGCUUUAUCAGCACCCUGAUCUAACCAUGAGGGUGUGGGGUGUCACUAAACACCUUUGUUAGGGGUAGAUAAGGCCUGAAGCGCUGUGGUCUAAACCACUGAGCCUCUUGGGCUUGCUGAUCAGAAGGUCGGCAGUUCGAAUCCCCACGACAGGGUGAGCUCCCAUUGCUCAGUCCCAGCUCCUGUCAACCUAGCAGUUCGAAAGCACGCCAAAAGUGCAAGUAGAUAAAUAGGUACCGCUCCGGCAGGAAGGUAAAUGCCAUUUCCAUGCACUGCUCUGGUUUCGGUGUUCUGUUGUGCCAGAAGCGGCUUAGUCAUGCUGGCCACAUGAUCCAGAAAAACUGCGGACAAACGCUGGCUCCCUUGGCCUGUAAAGCGAGAUGAGCACCACAACCCCAGAGUCGUCUGCAACUGGACUUAGCUGUCAGGGGUCCUUUACCUUUUUAAGGCCUGUGGGCUGGCUACCCAUGGAACCGAUUGUUAGUUUCAUCCAGCAAGGCUCUUAUUUCCAGAGCCAGGUAUGUUCAGGUUAAAAGAAUAAUCAAUUUUCUGCUGGUGUCAUGCAUAGCUCCAACUGCUAUCAAAGUUAAAAUUUGCAGCUGCCCAACUUGCUAAGUCUUCUGGUGAUUACAACCUUUUGGGAACAUGUAGUGAGCCAGCCUUGUUGACCUGAAUGGAGGGUGUGCCAAAUGUGUUGGAAAGCAGCCAAUAUUUAUAAAUGGCUGAUAAAGCUGGAAGUGGUACACAUACGCAGCAAUCAGUGCUAAAUAGCAAGUUUGGGAAGGGCAAAGGGAUUGUACACCUUGAAUGAAGCAAGUGGAUGUGCAGAGGGGUUUUUGCUGUCAAUUCAGUUCCCUGGGAAAAGGGAUUUGAUUGUGGGAAUUGUAGUUCUGUGAGGGGAAUAGGGGUCUCCUAGCGACUCUCAGCACCCUUAACAAACUACAGUGUCCAGAGUUCUUUGGUGGAAGCUAUGACUAUUUAAAAUGAUAUAUUUGUGCUUUAAGUGUGAAUGUAGCCCAUGUCAGGUCAUUGGUCUGCCAGCAGUUGGACUGCAAGUCACUUUGACCAUCUGGAGAGGUGAGAUAAGAAUUGCCUAAACAGCCCAGUGUUUUUGCCUAUGAUGGUGGCUCUCUAAGGUCCAAAGCAAGCGCUUCUCCCAGCCCUGCUUCAUGAGGCACUUUGAAGAUGCUAGGAAUACAACCGUAGGCCUUUUCAGACAGGGCCUAUGUCCCACCAACAAGCUGUGCUAUUCAUCCCAUUUUAUGUGACACUUUUGGACCAGAUGGUCUUCAAAGCGUCCAGUGAUGCGGAAUAAAAUCUUCUGCACAGCAGUUUAAGGUUGUUUGCAAAAGGUCAUCUGUCAUAAUACAAUGGCGCCACCAGUGUCGGACGUGUGUGUUUGUGUGUGUUUUUGGAAUAAACCACCAGCAUGGGCCAAACGCAUGUAAUGUCUUGCCUUCAUUUUGGGUUCAAAUUCUACAUACAGAGGUAUAACAGCAAAGGCAGCAUUUCUAGUAGUUAAAUUCCGACAGUGGUUGUACCUGUAGUAGGGCCUCCAAGCUUGCAUCUCAGUAAUUGCGUGAGAGUGAAUGAAGAGAUGGGAGAAGAAGCGUCCUCAAGUGAGGGAGGGAAGAUGCAGGAAAACAAGGUGUUUCCUUGUGGCUUCAGAAGGGGUCUGGAGAAGUCACUCUGCCAUAAAAGGCAACUUUUCCCCACAGAGAAAGCCUGGACAUAUUGAUUUUCUAACAGCUGCUUUAAAAACAUGAGGGUUUGUUUUAUUUUAGUAGCCAUGGUCCUCCUCUCUGGGUGAUACUCAGAGUCUCUUAUAGCACAGAUAGGUCCCCAACUAAGGCUGGUUCCCAUAAUGGCUGCUCACGAUGCCUAUGCCUCCUUCUCUCCCACUCCUACUUCCAUGCUUGGAAGAGCUUCCCUUCUCUCUUUUAAGAGCCUCUGUGACCUACUUGAGCAAUGGCUUUCCUGACCACACCACCCCCAACCUCACUGUACCUGCUAUUCCACCCCCAUCACCACCAUCACAACAGGGCUACUCCACCCUGUUUGAGUUCCCAUUCAAUAGCCUCUCCCACAACCCUGUCUUGCUUACCUCUUGCACACAAUGUGCCUCUGGGCAAUAAUUGCACCACUUUUCCAUUUUGUGCAGUGGCUUGUUUCUCACGGGCGCAUGAGCCGCAUCACUAGAACGAUGGUUCCCCAACCUUUGUUCAUGGGUAAAACACGCUUGCACAAUCUAUUCUCUGACCCCGGGUGACUCCAUGGUAUGUAUUACACUUAGCUAUGAUCUACUGUGGUCAACCAGCCUUUCUCGGUGUUGUCACACAAGGAAGCUGUUGAUGCUGCAAGAAGGUCCACUCAGGAGCGUGGGGCCAAGAGACACUCUAAUCUUCCUACCUUUCCCCCCAUUUUAAUUGUUCUAUGGAAUUGUACAUUUUAUAUGAAGAUAUCCUUCUAAGUCACUCAUUCCGGCGGUGUGAAACAAUACAUGCACGAAUGAUCAAAUUAUUUAUUAAUUAUUUUGUUUAGGAAUCAUUUGCAAUAUAAUAACACAUAUAAAACAAAAAUAUAAAAACAGUUUAAAACAACAAAAGCACAUACAUGGGAUCAAUUCAAGUCCAAAACACCUCCCAACUGGAUUAAAGAUUUUAGAAGGCUCAUUGAAAGACAAAUGUCUUUAGCAAGUGCUGAAAAUUCAACAGAUGGCACCUGCCUGACAUGCAAUGGGAAGAAAUUUAGGCCUGAUUCUGACACUGUAAAGAAAGGACCUCAUGGUAUCUGCAGGAUGCCCUCUCCUGCAGAAUGCAGUGAUCAUUUGGGGAUGUAGGUUAUGAGGCAGCCUUCUAGGUAUCCUGGCCCCAAGCUGUGUAGGGCUUUGCACACCAAUACCUUAAAUGCAGCUCAGUAGCUAGCUGGCAGUCAGUGCGAUUUUUCAGUAGCAAUGCAGAGAGAAGAAACACCCUGGUGCAUCUGCAGCAGCACAACCGAAUGUCUUCAUCUGCCCCAGCUGCAACAAAAUAUGUCUCUCCUGCAUCAGUCUCUACAGCCACAGCAGGUGCUGCAACCUUCCAACAGCUUGACCUCAUCCCCCCCCCCAAAGGUUCACUCCUCCAUUGUCUCCAAAGACAGCCGAUGCCCAUGAGUGUAAUAUGAUAGUGAUAUUCCAUGCCACUUAGAAGUUCAGCCUCCACAUUGACUACGACUUCCUGUUAUCUGGGAUAUUCUUGCUGUCUUUCAAAUAGAUGUGAAAUUCCCAACCACCUCCUAACCAUCUGAUGACCAUUUAGCCCAUAAUCUGCAUAACAAAGGAAUGAUAAGCCAGAAGCCUAACACAUUACUUCCUGACCUUAGGCUAUCUCUUCCUAACUCCUCACCUCCCUCCCUGUUCUGGUCAGGUGUCUUGUUUGCUUAUGCCCUGCUUAGGCCACCACCAAACAAAAUCCAGCUUGGUCAUCUUAACUGGUGGUAUGAUCUGUGUCAAUUCCUGCUUCUGAAGAGUUGCCUUGUGACACCUGAAGGCUGUUUUAUGGCAUAAGCUUUCAUGGACUAGAGUCCACUUCAUUGGAUGCAUGGAAUGUUAUCUUAAAUUUGUAGGUGUGUGUGUGUGUGUGUGUGUGUGUGUGUGCAUAUCACAUGUGUGGCAUGGAGGCAUUGCAGCAAGGUCUAAUAAUAAUAAUAAUAAUAAUAAUAAUAAUUUUAUUAUUAAUACCCCACACAUCUGGCUGGGUUUCCCCAGCCACUCUGGGCAGCUCCCAGCAGAACACUAAAAAGAGAAUAAAACUUCAAACAUUAAAAACUUCUAUAAACAGGGCUGCCUUCAGAUGUCUUCUCAAAGUCAGAUAGUUAUUUAUUUCCUUGACAUCUGGUGGGAGGGCGUUCCACAGGGUGGGCACCACUGCCGAGAAGGCCCCCUGCCUGCUUCCCUGUAACCUCACUUCUCGCAGUGAGGGAACCACCAGAAGGCCCUUGGCGCUGGACCUCAGUGUCCGGGCUGAACUCCCAUACAGGGAAACCCAUUGUUUAGAUUCAGGCCACAUGUGAUAGAACAUAACUUUAUAAGUGGUCAUUUUACAAUUUCAUGCUAAUUUCUCUCUGAACUUCCUUCUUUCCACUGAACAGUUCAGCUGAUGGUCUCAUAGUGAUUUUGAAAUACACCUGCUUUUAUGUCAUAUUGGAACCCACUUACACUUUUGUGUUGUGACUGAAUUGUUUGUCUUAUACAUAGAAUAUAGAUAGGUAUUACUGGCAGAUGAUAGCAUAUACUGUAUUGGAAGAUGAUCAGGUUCGAUUAAUUUGGUGUUGUGGCUGACAUUAUUAGGCCCUAUAGCAGUACUGGUUGAGUGGGGUUGAUAUCUUGGCUUGUGGCAGGAUCUGGUCCCUCAGUUUGUAUUUUGCGUUAUGUGCAAAUAACAGAACUUAGUUUGGGUGCAGUAAGAAAGAUGAUAGUUUUCAGGUCUCAGGAUGACAGUAAUGAUAUUUUUGUCUGACUUGCAGCAGUGGCGCUAGUCAUUAUUUAAACCAUUCUGUAAAUCAGCCUUCCCUGGAGGUCUCUCCUCUGUUGCUGAAAAAAGCUUUUGCCAAGAUAGAAUCCAGUCCACUAAAUUUAUCUGUUGCCUAAACAAAGCAGAAUGCUUUGUCUGUUCCAGGGAGCUAUAAAUUAGACAGGACACAGCAGGCUCUUCUUCAGCCCCCCUAAUGCAUAAACAUUCAAGCAUAUUCUUGAACUGGAGGGUGGAUGGCCUGCUUUGAGGAAAGUUUGGAAUAAUUAUCUGGUGCCCAAGACAAUAGGCGGAAGAAAAGAAUCUGUGCAAUAUAUAGCCUGGCUCACUUGCUUGAGUCACUUCCACUAUUUGCUUCACCCAAUUGCAUAUGUUGAUAUCUGGGGUACUAGUGGGUAGGAGUUGGAUAAAAAGGCCUUUAAGUCUUUUUCAGACCUGGAGAGGGCAAGAACGGGAAACCUGUGAGCUUCCAGAUUUUACUGGAUUCCAGCUCUCAAAAUCUCUUGACGAUUAACCAUGCUGUCUGGGGCUAAUGGGAGAUGGAGAUACUGUAUGGAGGGCUAUAGGCUUGCUACCCUUGCAGCAGCAAAUGGCUUGUUUCAGUUUUCUAGCCUGAAUUUGAAAGGCAUUCUGCAGACUUGUGGCAUGCUGCAUCCUUUUCCGUUCCGUUGAUGAUGGUGCUGGGAGCCAAUGUGGGUUUCUGCCAGAUUUUUGGCAGUGUUUUUGCAUCCCCCUCUCAGGGGUGUCCAUACUUGAUCCUAUGCCUUCCCCCCUCACUUUGAUAAUUGAUAUGUUCAUCCAUGGACUUGGCAUUAGGAUGAACGCUGCUAAGAAAACUAAUCUUUUAGGUUUGCAUCUGUUCCAUCCCCUCUUAAGGUUUUGGCUGCUAGUUUAGUGCUGUGUGAAUGGAUGGUGGAUUGCUCAGCCUGAAAUAGACCCGGUAUUUUAGUCCUGUGUGUGUCGUGAACGAGGUGGGGAGAAAAGCCAUGAAUCCCAGCCAUUAUGUUGGCUGGCAUUCCUCCAAGAAUAAUUAUUGGUCAAAUUCAGUGUCAAUCAUGGCCACAAACAGCUCUGCCUUGGUAUUUUACUUUUAAUUGGUGGAAGUGAUGGUAUUUUAGCACAUAGAACGUUUUGUCCUGCGUUUUGGCUUCAACCACACUCCCUCUAAAUUGGGACCAGCUGCAAUGCUGUAAGUCUUGCAUUGGCCUCUAGGCUGAAUAAGAGAAGGACAGAUGUCUCCGAAAUAUAGAUGAAAGGGAGCAGAUGGCAACUGAAAAUAGCUCAGUGGGAAGCUGUGCCUUUGUAAAAAUGGAUGAGUGCUGUGUCUAUAUGAGGCAGGUCUCUUGCCGCCAAAGUUUCUGUGCAUCAGACAUUCAGAAUAAUUUUGUGCUAUAUUGUAUGCACACAAAAGUCCUCCAAUCAUGCUCUUAUGGGCUGAGAGUGAACCAGCUUCACAGUUGUGUUGGAAGUAAAAGAGCAGAAUGCAUGUAUCACUCCACUCGUGCAAGACCAAGUAUCUCAUACUCUGCAAACUGUAGAAUUUUGCAAGAGUGUACCUGCAUCACCAUGAUUGCUACACGUUCUGAUUGCAAUGAUAAUGAGUAAGGUAAUAGGUGACUUUGAAGGAGAGCCACAGGAUGGUACAAAGAACUCUUUGCUGCCAACAUGGUGGCUGUAGUAAAUCCGGAUUCAGAGAAUGAGAAUUGCCCAAGCUGCUUUGUUCUACCUGAAAUGAUUACUAUGAAUUACCUGUGGGUGGAAUUCAACUAAUGAGUACCAUCAACAGCAGCCCACACAAAGACUUCCACUUGCACAUGGCAGGGGCAAUCAUUCCAUAUGACAAACUGAAAUGGCCAACAGAAGAUUGAAUUAUUCUGCAAUGGCACUAUAUUGCACAUGGUCUAAAUGCUUGCUUGGGAUCCAUGGAACUUGCAGAUAUGGAAAAGGAAAAAAGGAUAAUAAAUUGUUGGAGGCUUAGGCUUCACUUGCAUACUCACAUUCCUUGAAGUAAGCCCCACUGAAUGAGUAAACAUGGGUAGGAUUAUGCUGUUGGGCUGGAGACAGACAAUAGGAUUUUUGAGAGUCGAAAUCUGUUUGCUAGAAGGACCACUGUGUUGUUUACUAUCUUCCCACUUUGGUUUCUGGCAAACAGGUUAGGCAUUUUUUUGGUAUUGUUUCAAAAGCCUGCAAAAUCCAUUUGACCCGAAGCAAGAAUUGGACUCAACCACACACAAAAAAACCCCCUGUAUGAGCACCAUGGGGAGUAAUGCCUCUCUUAGCUCACCUUCUGCAACUCUCUUAAAAUGUUUACAAACUUAGUUUGAUUUAUUACUGUUAAUGUGUGACUCAUGUCUAUUUAUGUGUGAUUCAUCACUGUUUGGCCAUUAUUCCAUCAUCGCUUCAGAGGAGCAGCCAAAGAGCAACCACAGUCACUCUAAAGUCUAAAUUUGCUUGUCAGUGGUUAUGCAGUUCCUUAUGUUUUCUUUCUAGCUUUUUAAAGAGCUGUUGACAUGCAACGCCCUCCCAUCAGAUGUCAAAGAGAUAAACAAUUCCCAGACAUUUAGAAGACAUCUGAAGGCAGACCUGUUUAGGGAAGUUUUUAAUGUGUGACAUUUUAAUGUAUUUUUAAUCUUUGUUGGAAGCCACCCAGAGUGGCUGGGGAAACCCAGCCAAAUGGGUGGGGUAUAAAUAAUAAAUUAUUUUUAUUAUUAUUACUUGAUAAUUGGAUGCAGGACUGCACCCGUGAGAUAAUAUUGGGGUACUUAAGCGAACUGCCAUUUUGCUGGUCAUGCUGGGGCAAGCUUGUUCCUUUUUUCCCCUUUCUUUUUUUGCAAAGUGUUACUUUGCAAGUCACAGCUAAAAGUUAUUUCUCUCUUGGCACAUUAUCUCCUACCUCUACAAAUUCAGGAAUCAACCCUUGCUGCUACUAAAACCUACCUAACCUGACUCAGUCCAUCUCUUGCAAACAGGUACACAUGAGCAGUGGAAUGCAUGCACCAUUCACAGCAGGGCACCUUCAUCACGGCUUUUUAACAAAAGUGCUCUGGGUGCCUAUCAUUCUACAUGGCCAUGAUUUAAAGGGCCAAGUUCAUAGCACUCUUUGCAGCUGAGAUAGGGGGCGGGGGGCUCAAUUCACAGGGGAGUUGCUUGCUUUUCAUGUUAUUAACAUUCCUCAAAGUUUCCCACAAUCAGGAUACUUUAUUAUGAAGACUACUUUAUUAUUAUUUUAUUGCUGCUUCCUAUAUAGAAUCUUCAUGGGAAUAGGAAAUCCUACUUUCCUGCCAUUGUGUCAUUUCCCAAUUUUGCCCAUAGGGAGUAAUUCUCUUCCAUUCUUGUGGUAACCUCCCCCUCCAUCAUUGUUUGCUCAUUGUCUUGCUGUUCUAAGGAAGGUUUAUGCAUCUCAUUCACCAAUGCGCCUUGACCACUAUUUCCAAGCUGAAACUCUUUGACUUGGCUUGCCUAGCGAUUUAAUCCAUCGAUUGUGACUAUAGCAAGUACUUCAACAAGCUGGCUGCCAAUUCACUUCCUGGCUAAGUUCAAGGUACUGAUUCUGGUGUAUAAAGACAUAUACAGCAUGGGACCAGGAUACCUGAAAAAGUGUCUUUUAUAUACCCAAUUAAUCACUGCACUCUGCAUUGCAGCUGGUUAUUCCUGCCUAAGAAGAAACAUUGUGCAGCGGCGUAGCAACCCCUGCCGGCGCCUGGGGCAGACCAAAGUUGUUGAGCUUUUUAUGGGAAAUCAAAAUUGUUGAGAAAGCUCCCCUGCCGCCCAGAAACAAAACCCCUGACGCACAGCAGGGAACAUAAAACAGACCCCUGUGCCGUCCUAUAGACCUCCCCCUCCCCACCCUUGGCUACCUAUGCUACUGCAUUGUGAGUGCAGAAUAACUUUCCCAUGUGACCAACCUCAUGGCCUUACUUUGCCUCAAAUGGGAGGCAUUUGCUGCAAUGGGAAGCUCUGUGAACUAGGGGCAAGUCCCCAACCUGGGUCUCCAUCAAGUUCCUUCCUCUCCUCCACCCUUGGGACAAAAGGGGUCUUGUUUGCUUUUAUUAUUUGAUUAGCACACAGCCUGAGACUGACCCUGGGAAAAUGUUCUUAAGAUGAGCCAAGGGAGCCUUACAACUUCCAUUUGCAAACUUAAUACACUGCUCUGGGGGAGAUGGAAAUGUUACUGCCACUCCACUCCUUGAAAUGCAGGCGAGUAGCUUUCCUUCUUGGACAACAUUUUGGGUGAGUUCCCACCCCUGUUAUAGAGCUUUGUAGUCAAAAUGGACACCCUAAACUGUGUCCAGAAGGCAGUAUGGAGCUAGUGCAAAUUCUAAAGCUGCAGUCCAUAUUGUUUUAUUUAAAUAACAAUGUUUUUCACCAUCCAAAUAGUAGCAGAGUUCUAAGAGCCAUAUUGAAAAAAAUGAAACUUCAUACAGUUGCUAGCCAGCCUUUGCCCCAUCUCUCUUCUCUCUCACAAGCAUUCUCUUUCUUCCUCGUUCCUCUUCCUCUUCACCUCAGCAAAGUUCCUUAUUCCUCCUGCCUCCUUUCAAAGCCUCUUGUUUUAUUUCCUUUCCCUUUGAUUAAGAUCGGUAUUUGCUGCUGCCUUCCAUCUCCAAACAAUAUGAUUACAUUCCCACCACCACCUAUUCACAUUAUGUUUCCUUUGCAUUGCAAUGAAUGGGGUGAAAUGACAAUGUAAUUUAUGUAAUUUUGCCACAGCAGCCAGAGAGAUGUAGUGUUUAGUGGAAGAUGAACUGCAAGAGGAUGGAGAUAGCAUUGCAUGCAGUCAGUAUAGGGUGAUAUGGAAAAUGAUGCCUUCAGACAUCCCUUGUCCUCCACCACUGUCCUCUUAGCUUUCAGCCCACAAUUCUUUGGAACAUCACAUGCCACAGUUCUUCCAUACUGAUCCUUCCUUGCUGGAACUUUGCUAGGGAAAGGUGGGUGUGAUGCAAGACAUUUAACAGUUUCAUUAAGGAAUUCAGUCAUUUUCCAGUAAUUCCAAAAGCUCCUGUUAAACAUCUACAUGCUACGUAACUAUUAAAAACACAGGUGUACUCCUGGAGGGGGGAAAUAUUGCAACUCUACAGCAACUCCCUCUUUCCAAGCACUUGACUGUCAGACAGGAGUGUAAUUUAAAACAAAAACAAAAAAAACAUGCCGGUAAGAUCAUAACUGUGCCAAUUAUUCCUGAAAUAAACAGCUUGUUUAUGAAUACAUACUCUUUAUCACGGUAAACAUAUUUCUCCUUUCAAAAUUUACUAAUCCAGCUCAUCAGGGUGGAUUAAAGAAGGAAUGAAAAUGAAAUCUCUUCUCAAAAUAUCGUUGACCAUCUUCAGCAAUUUGGAGGAGUAGGAGGAUAGUUAGUUAAAAUCAUCCCUGUUGGCAUCGUCUUUCCAGCCUGAUGAUAUUGGUUAUAACAAGGGCAGCCAAUGUGGUGCCCUCCAGGUGCUGUUGGAGUCCAAUGCCCAUCUGCUUCUGCAAGGAUACCAGCUGUCAGGGAUGAUGGGAGUUGUAGACUAACAUCUGGAGGGCACCACAUUGGCUUAUCCCAGUGGUUUAACAUGCUUUUUUUACUAUUUUCACGACUCUGCAAAACAUACUUUUAACGCACUUCUCAGUGCCUUGGAGCCAAGCAGUGGUUUGACAACACACAGCAAGUCUGUCUUAACUUUUCAACACAGCAAGACAUAGACUCCCUAUUUCUCCCUGGAGUUGAAAGAGGGUGUUUUGUGUGUUCGGAUUUCAGCAGUAGGCUUGAACUGUAUCUAUGACGUACUUAAAUUAGAAUCAAAUUCUCCCCAAGGAAAGCAGUAUCUGUGUUCAGAAUGAACUUUGAACUUCUUUUUCCUUGAGCAAAAUAUUUUUGCAGUAUUUUGGAAUAUUUUGGCAGGAAUUGGGGCGAUUCAGGCCAAGGAAGGGGGAACUUAGGUCAGCGUGGUUGGUGAAAUGGAAUUGAGAGGAGUCAUGGCUUCUUCUGUAUUAUCGUUUUAAUAAAAUGUUUAUAGCCAGGUCCUAAGCACAUUUUUGCUUGAGAAUUUAAGACACAUUGAUUUCAGUGUAGUUCGCUUCUAGAGUGUGUAUGUUUAGUAUUGCAACUUUAAUUUGCAAAGAGCUGUCCCUGCUUAACACGUUUAAGACAUGUGGCUCCCUUCCUCAAAGAAUUUUGGGAACCGGAGUUUGCUAAGGGUGCUAGCUCUGUGGGGGGGGACUACUGUUCCCAAGAUUAUCUGGGGGUAGCAAUGUGCUUUAAGUGUAUAGUGUGUGUGUGUGUGUGUGUGUGUGUGUGUGUGCAGCCUUUGUUAAAAAAGAGAAAGAAUUUACUAAAGCUCUGCCAUGGGUUUAUGGAAGCAAUGGAGCCACACUGGCUCUCAGAUGGAACAGGGAUGUCUGUAUGUCUGAAGCCUUUCCCUAAUGUGGGAGGGAGGACAAAGCUUUUUUUUCUGUCAAGGCCUGCAUUCCUUUGGGGGCUGCAUGCUGGUGGAACUGGUAGCAGGUGGGGCCAGAGCCAAAAAUGGGCAACACUGCCCCUUUUCUCUCUUUCUGUUCUCUCCACCCUCCCAGCAAGCUGCUUUGCAUUUCAGUUUCUAGCUUUCCCCUUAUCCUCCCUCUUGGUUCCCCCCACCCACAUGACAUUUAGCCAGGGGCCUCAUAUCACCCUUAGACUGCAAGUUUCUAACUCCUGCCCUAAACACCCCUUCCCCUUUGCAGUAGCAUUACUCAAAUACUUUGAGAUCUUAAAAAAAAACCCAGCUUGCCAAUGGAAAGGGAAGCAAUUGAUAAAAGAAGUGAAAAAGUGAACAGUUUUUGUAUUUCUUCUGCCAGCUCCUAAAUGUCAGCAAAAAUAAAAAAGUGGCAAAAAGAUAAAAAAGAGGGGCAUUGAUAAAUUUCAUUAGAAAGCUUACUUUGUAGUUUCAGGGCUGUUGGUCCUCCUCUGGCCAGCCAUAGUUCUAAUGCAACCUCUUUUGCACCCUCUCUAAAGUUCUGAAGUGUUGUUGAGGGCAGUCACCAUACAAGGGGACGGGGCAUAGCUCAUGGGUAGAACACAUGAGAUUUGCAUGCAGAAAGCUUCAGAUUUAACCCCUGGCUUCCUCAAUUUUAAAGAAGAAUGUCUGUUAGCACAGCUGCCACCUGGAAAGCCAGGUUGGGAAGACACCGACUAACUCUAGUGGCCAGAUUUAGUUUAUGGCAGCUUAGUCAACCCAGAAUAGCUACUUCCACCUUUACCUGUUAGCAUACUUACAUUCACCAGCAGUGCUUGGAAUCCCAUACACACCAAUUCCAUCCAUUUUACAAGCUGGUUAAAGAGUGCCUAAUCUGCGAUAAGCAAGCUUGAUCUGCAUUAAGUAAGCUUGAGUGACUAUCCUUACGUUCAGUCUCAUGGUGAUUCCUCUUGGCAACUCAGUAGAAAAGAUGUCGGUCAACACCCAGCCUUAUCGCUGUUUUCACUAGGUUGCCUUCUUAGAAAGAGGCCCUUGCUGAUGGCAAACUGCUAAUCAGCAGGUGGUUUGGCUUAGAUACCGCACAUGUGCGUGUGUUUGACUCAUUCCUGGGCCACUGAUAGUCUACUGGAACUCUUUAUCACAUGAGCGUUAAAGGAUUUAUAGAACUGAUGAACUAGCCUGUGCUCUAAGUAAGUCUCUUUUCAACGUUACCUUAAGAUUUGUAGGGGGCAAGGGCACGUAUGCCUAAACCUGCCUAUUCUUUCCAGCUGAAGGAUCUGCAACUUGAAGUGUCGAUUUGGCUAACUGGUCCGUUUCCAUAAUGCUGAAAAGAAGCAGGACACGGGACUUGGCUGCAGCUUCUGCUGGGUGGAGGCCCCAGGGUUUGCUUGGAUGCUGAGAAGGUAUCAUUACUGAUGUAAUUAAUUACAGCCACUGAGCUGCUCUGUGCAGAUAUUCCCUGUGAUGGAUGUCCGUGUAUAUAUAUGCUAGAGGCUCGGGAGAAAGGCACAAACAGCCCAUUAGUCUUGUGGAUAUUGGCAACACAUUGGCUGGUGCAGUUCCAAGGGAGUCUGGCAUUUUGCUGCGAUGGGGCCCUUUGGAGGAUCUGCAGGGCGGAAUCCUAACUGGGUUUUUGCUUUGAAAGCUGCCUUGGGGGUGGGGAGCAUAUAACUGAGAGUUUGGCUUUGCUGUCCUUUAGAGGAGCGUAAUCUCCAGUGAGCCUUAGGUUUACAACAUUAUUAUAGAGAAAUAAAUUUAGAUUCCUGAAAGAUCAACCUAGCAAGGGCAUCAUCCUCAAGUAGUGUUUAUAAAUGGGCCUGGAGGUAAUUAGUCAUGCAAACUAGCCCAGUUCUCCCAUCGAAAGAUAUAACCUAAUGGGGGCAGCAGGUGUGAUAAUUAUAUUUUAACUAGUGCCAUCACUUUGUGUACAUAACCCAAAGAGGCAAAUGUUUUCCCUAUUGAGUUUGCAAUGUAAAUUCAUUUCUUUUUUAAAUUAAGAUAGGUCCUAACUAUUCCACAUUUUCUUGUACAGUGCAGGUUUUGACAUGAACAUAUUUAACCCUGGAUAGUGUAGUAUGGACCAUCUAGUCACAAUACUCCAUCCUGGAUUUUAUUUCCAAGACCUGAUCCUUAUUGCCCUUUUGUUCAUUCUCUUAUGGCCGGUGUCAAAGCCAGACUGGAUCCAGCAAAUGCAGUGCUAUUGGAUGAAAACUGGGGCUUCAUAGCACUUGUAUUCUUGCCUUUAGCUCCUUGUAUUGCAAUCUCAAUAUCUACGGGGGCAGGACGGUAAGGGUGGAAGAUGAGCACAACAGUGCUUAUUAAAGACACCUACAAUUUGACCCAAUUUCACCACCUUUUCUGGUGAACAAUGACAAACAGAAGGAAACUUCCUCCAUACUCCUUUGGGGUAGUGGGAAAAGCUCAAGGCACAUCCGAACCUUUGGGGAACUUGCACCACAGCUUUUCAACAAGGCCAGGUGGCAACUGUGAGAUAAGACAGUGGUUAGGUGAAUCCGGAUGCAUUUUGAACUGGAGCAGUCUUCAUCAGGGGAUUGUGAGAAACAAAUGUUGAUACAGCCAUUUGGUGGAGUGAUGAAUGCUUAUGUCUCUUUAAACCUUGAGCACAUGGAAACUAGGGAAGUUUAUGGUGCACACAGACCAAGUCUGAUUUUCAUGAAAUGUGGGAGAGUGGGCAGCCUUCAGUGUGAAAUAGAAAAAUAUAUACGUUUGUUUACAAACUACAGUGCACCUGGAGUAAAGUUCUUCCAGUCCAUCCCUUUUUCACUCCUACUGUGUUCUAAGGAACUGGGGGAUGUUACACAGGGACAUCAAAGGAGGAAGAUGUGCCUGACCUCUGGAGCAGAGUAAAGCUUAUCAGCUUAAAAACAGGGGGAAGGAAGGAAGGGGGAAGAGAUUUCGGCAUCCUUUUGAACUCCAAACAAAGCAUUUGCCAUUCAGAAUGUGUGAAACAUUCUGGGUACUGUGUAGUCACGUAAAGGAGGGCUGAAUAGCAAAAAUAAUUGACUCAAGUUAAAUAUCUGCUUGAUCUUCUCUGAGCUGACAAUGAAAUAACAGCAGUCGCUGUAUGUGUGUGCAUGGUACUGGGUCCCCCCAAAAUGUGGCCUCCCUGUUAGUAGAUUAACUGCAGAAUUAGCCUUAACAGCACAAUCCUAGGCAUGUCUGCUCAGAUGUACUGGUAAGUCUCAUUGGUCUCAUGUGCGCUUAUACCAAGUAAGUGUGCAUGGGAUUGCAGCCUAAAGCUACGAAACCAGGUAUAUAAGGCUGUUGUGUGGAUAUACUGAGCCCUGAACAACUUUGGCCCAGGAUACCUAAAGGAUCACCUGAGCCCUUGUAUCACAGUUUGAUCUUCGGAAGGAGCACUGCUAGUUGUCCUUUGUUGGGCAUUUAGCAUCACUAGUCCUACCCAAGCUGUGGAACACUCUUCCAGCAGAGAUUUGGCAGGCAUCCUUGUUUUGGACUUCCAGGCAUCUCUUGAAGGCUUUUUAUGCCAACAGGCCUAUGUAGUUGGCAUAAAGCACAUAAUUUAGCCAAAUCCUGUAAUGAUAAUCCUGUACUGGUUUUAAUGGUGUUUUAUGUUUUAUCAACGUGCACUGCCUUGAUAUGGUAAUAGUGGUAUAAGACCACUUCAAUAAGUAAAUAAGAUAAAAUAAAACUAUACUAUACUAUAUGAAUCAAAUCCUUCUUAGAUUUACCGGGUACCUGCAGUUUUCUGGCAGUAAUUCCGGUUUAGUGUUUUUCAGUCACUACAUUCACAGGAGCUGCCACAGGUUUGUUGACUUCGGGGAAAGGAGAAGACAAUAACUUCCUUUUGGGGUGUAACAAAGACUGCCACAAAGCAAAUUCUACCUCUCAGAAUGCAGAAUAAAAUUUAUAACUUAUCUGCUGUGCACAAUUACAGGGUUUUGCGGGUUUUCUUUAGAAAGCACGUCCAUGGAAACUGGCCACAGCAAACGGAUAUAGUUCAUAUUGCCAUUCUGAUUCCUUUUACCACAUCCCUAAAUUCAUUCCAAAGAAAGCAGUGUUGUGUUGAUGUGGAGGCGAUGUCAGAACAAGGGCAGAAAUGGAAAGGAAGCAAUGUUGAAACAAGGAAAAUAUUACUUAGGCACUCUUCUCUUACCAGCAAUGCUGCAGAGAACAAGUCAUUGAGCACAGAUCAGUAUAGAAAAAAGCUCACCUGCUCUCAGUACCCUCUGUUUAGUUCCCUCUAACUCCUUUGGCCCCUUCCCUUGCUUGGAGCAGUCAUCCGCCCCCCCCCCCUUCCAUCAAGUCCCUCCUUUUAACACAUUCUAUUGCAAACCUUUCCCUGUUGACUAAAUCUAAUUUUGCCAGCCAUGUCUUCUAAACCAUUUCUUCAUCUCUGCUAAUAUUUUUUUCUAAUUUCUGGUUCCUCUGCCUCCACUGUCUUGCUGAAGUUUUGCUACAUGUUACACAUGGAUGAGUAAACCUCCAAGUGAUGCUUUUGUAAGGAAAAGUAGCAGGGCCAGCCCUACCGUUAGGCAGAAUGAAGUGGGAUGUGCUAGAAGGCACAGAGUGGCUGCAGAGUUGGAGAACAGAACUGUGUGCACCCCAUAUGACCAGCCCUGCACCCACCAAGCUAGCUUGCUGCUCUCAGGUGAAGCACCGUUAGUGCUGUGAUCUAAACCAUUGAGCCUCUUGGGCUUGCAGAUCGGAAGGUUGGCAGUUCGAAUCCACGCAACGGAGUGAGCUGUUGCUCUGUCCCAGCUUCUGCCAACCUAGCAGUUCUAAAGCACACCAGUGCAAGUAGAUAAAUAGGUACCACUGUGGUGGGAAGGUAAAUGGCAUAUCCUUGUGCUCUGGUUUCCAUCACGGUGUUCCGUUGCACCAGAAGUGGUUUAGUCAUGCUGGCCACAUGACCCGGAAAGUUGUCUGUGGACAAACGCCGGCUCCCUUGGCCUGAAAAAUGACAUGAGUGCCACACCCCAUAGUCAUCUUUGACUAGACUUAACCAUCCAGGGGUCCUUUACAUUUUACCUUUACUGGAUGAUGCCAGUGUUGACAUAAGAGUCUCUGAAAAGUAGCUUCUGGAAAGUGAGAUAGAGAAAGAGAGGCAGAGGUGGGGGAGGGAAAAUAUAUAAUACUUUCCUUGCUACCCAUGUUUUAACUCAAUACUACUCAUGUAUCCAGUGCUUUCGCAUUUGUGGAAUUCUAGAUGUGUCCUUGCUGGGCUUUUUUUCAGCCAGAACUCACUUCCGGUGCCUCUCAGGUGGGCGCCAUUGCCAUUAUAAGCGAACAAGGGAGGCGUUCAUUGUGAGUUCCGGCACCUCUUUUUCUAGAAAUACAGCACUGUACUAGGGUAAACACACAGCUGAAAUCCCACUGGGGAUCAGGUGGGAGAGGGGGUUUGGAGCAGAAAAAUUGGUGGUGGGGAAAGAAUUAAUUCUGUAGAGACACAUACAAAAGUUUCUCUGCUUAAAAUGGCCUUAUCCCCAAGCCACUUUUCUUUCCUGAAGGUUUGCCUUCAGGGAUUUGUUAUUCAAGUUAGUAUAUGCAUAUUUAGACCCUUCAAAUGUAGCACGCACACACCCUACCACCACCACACAAAUGUUGUGCCUAUCAGUGGCUAUUAGAUUGCCAGGUGUUGGGGACAAAUGCCAGGAGGAGUUUGUCGCUGUCAAACCCCGCUUCUUCUGAGCUUCCUUGGGAUUGUGUUUUCUGCCUUUCCUCUUUUAUUUCCUAGUCAGGAGAGAACCUGGACAGCUUUGUGGCACUUUGAAAAAUAUCCAGGUGAUAACAUUACAUAGUCAGUUCUAGGAAAGAUAUAUGGACUGUCCUUCAGAAAGGAAAAUGCCCUCUUUUAUUUUUUGAUAGUCUAUUUUCCUAAAGGCCAUUACCUUUGAAGCGCCCCAUUACACUUUGCUGUGACAGUGCUGUGAACAUUUGUAAUGUCCUCCGCAUGUACCAGCAACUGGCUCUAGGCUAACAGCUGCAGAAUUGUGCAAUAAAGCUGACCUGAACUAUGUUUGCUGACUGACCAUUCCCAAGAGGCUUGCUUGUUGUUAUAAACCUUAUCAAAUUAAUUGGUUAUCAUGUAGGAGUGCCCAAACAUUUUAGGUUGCCCUAACUUACUUUGCCCUGGUCAUGUUCCCCAAGCCGGUGCUAUCCAUAUGUUCUGGACUACAAAUCCCCCCACCAUGCUGGCCACAGUUUGUAGUGCAAGACAUCAAGGGCAGCAGGCUAGGGAAGAUUGCAUUAGUCUGUGAUGGCUGAAUUACUCUUGUGGUAGGGAAGUUUGUACCAUCAGGGCACCUCCCCACCCACUCCAUCCCUAGUUGUUUAGCACUGCCUCAUUUCUCAGAAACAAAACACAGCUUUCUUUGGAAAGGAUUUGGAGGCAUGUGGCGAAAGCAACCAGGAAGACCACAAUGAGCCAUGUCCGUUGUGGCUUUUUUCCCCAUGCACAUCCUUUCCAAAGGGUUCUGGAUUUAUGCCCACAGAACUGUGUCCCUAGCAUGGAUGACGGAUUCAGUUUGUAUUUUCCAUCCCAUGAGUUAAAUUCCCAUUCAUAGCUUUGUGGGCACCUGCAAAAGUAAAAGAGGUAAUCUGAGUAAGAUGUGUGCAAUGAAGCCUUCCUGAGAAGCUGCUGGACUUUGCUGUGUCUGAACAACAGGCAUCUUGUAGUAGGGAAUUGAGAUUCAAGUAAGGCUUUUAACAAAGUCUCCCAUAAUAUUGCAGCGAAGCUGGUAAAAUGUAAGCCAGAUGAGGAGUAGUGAAUGCUGCAGAAAACAGAAUCAGGAUUCAAUUUGACCUUAACAGAUUGGAGAACUGGGCCAAAACUAACAAAAUGAUAGUUAGACUAUGUUCUGCACAUAGUCAGGAAUAACCAGCUGCACAAAUAUAAGUUGGGGGACACCUGGAUUGCCCAUAGUACCUGUGAAAAUGAUAUAGGGUCUUAGUAGACCACAAGUUGAACGUGAAUCAACAGUGUGAUGUAGUAGCAAAAAAACCACCUAAUGCUGUUCUAGGCUGCAUCAACAGAAAUCAAGUGUCCAAAUCAAGGGAAGUAAUAGUACCACUCUAGUCUGUUUUGGUCAGACCCCACCUGGAAUACUGUGUCCAGUUCUAGGUGCCACAAUUUAAGGAGGAUGUUGACAAGCUGGAGAGUAUGCAGAAGAGGGCGACCAAGAUGAUCAAGGGGCUAGAAACCAAGCCUUAUGAGGAAUGGUUGAGGGAACUGGUUAUGUUUAGCCUGGAAAAGAGGAAACUGAGGGGAGAUAUGAUAGCCAUCUUCAGAUAUCUAAAGGGCUGUCACAUGGAAGAUGGAGAAAGCUUGCUUUCUCCUGCUCUGGAGGGUAGACCCAAUUCAAUGGCUUCAAAUUACAAGGAAAGAGAUUCUGGCUAAACAUGAAGAACUUUCGGACAGAACUGUUUAACAGUGAGGGGAAUGGACUCCCUUGGGAGGUGGUGGACUCUGCUUCACUGGUGAUUGGGUGGCCACCUGUCAUGAAUGCGUUCAACUAAAGCACCGCUCUGUAUUGCAGGGGGUUGGACUACAUGGCCUUUGGUGUCCCUUCCGACUCUACAGUUCUAUGAUUCUAUGAAAUGCAACUCCUGCCCUUCCUGAUAAGAAGAGAGCAGAGGGGAGUUGGGUGUUAGUGACAAACACAGACUAGCUCGACCCAGCAGAUACUGCAGACCUACUUAGCAUUCCUGACAGAGACAAGCAUCCUCCAUCCCCACCAUAAUCCCAGAGUUGGCAGCCGCAGCUGCUCCUACCCAUUAUGUGUUUACUUAAGCCGUGACUCAAGCAACAGACCAGAUGUAGCGCCAGACACUGAUCUGACCGCAAGUCAGAUCCAGCCCAUGAUUCUGACAUGGUCUUUGCCCCAUGUCAGUCUCAAAAACAGUGGAAAGCAAAACACAUAUCCACUCCUUUCAAAUACACGGCUCCCAACACAGGACUAGGCUCAGCAAACUUGAGACACGGUAAGUGCCAGUUUCCAUUCCAUCUGGCUUAAAUUCUCUCUUGUUUCCAAGGCAGGAAAGCUGUGCUUCUCCUCGCUCUUGGACUUGUAUCUGGAGCCUCUUUCUGUGGUGGAAGCAGGGACUGUGUUGGAGAGAGAGAGAGAGAGAGAGAGAGAGAGAGAGAGAGAGAGAGAGAGGAGAAGCUUUGUUAGUAGUGGUACCCUGGUGAGGGUCAUGGAGUGUUGUGUUCACAGGUUGGCCAGGUUGCCGUGAGGGCAGAUUGAUCCCCAGCUGAAGUAUCGAGUAGCAAAUAAUCUUACGAGCACUCAGGAACACAAAGAUGAAUUUGAAACUGUAUGGCGCAUUCUUGUUUCCAGUACAUUAGAAAGGACAGUGUUGCCUUUUCACCCAUGGCUCACUUUAGGACAAUCUGUUAAGAGAAGAGAGUAAAAGACACCUAACCAGUUGUUCUAAACCACGUCCAAACUUUUUUUUUACUUUAUUAUUUACAUUGUAUGAGCAUGGAAUGUUUCUUGGAGGGUGGGGGUAUAUGGGGAUUGUUUGUUAUAUAUAUAUAUUUGUUUAGAAACUUAAAAGAAAAGUGGUAAAAAAGAAAGGUAUAGGCUGAAGCCAUGUUCAGGAAAGAAUAUAGAUGAGAGAUAGUUCAUAAGAUACAGAGUGGCCUACAAGUAGCAAAGGGCUCCACACAGUGCAACCCAAUUGUCUGGGGCUGCUUUUGCAUGCAUAAGUAUAGCCUGACCCAUCACAGAUCCAGCUGAAAUUUCCUGGCAGUAAUGAACAUGGCAGCACAUUUCUCAGCUGCUGCACUGAUUGGACUUGUCACAGGGAUGCUGGAUGUCUGGAGGACUUGGUUCUCACAGCGUGGUUUUCCAUGGCAGUUCAUAGACAGAAACACAUGUGCUGAGCCUUGUCUUGUCCUGUAAUGCUAACACCCAGAUGUAAAAUACUUGAGUCUUUGGGGAAAAAAAAUAAUUAAAUCAUUGUGAGCUUUUACCAGAAAAGAGAAGAGAAAAAUCUCUGUGUACCCUUUUACUUUUCCUUGAAAUGCAAUGCUGUUUCAAACUUCUCUUUGAAACUACCAUGGUUAGAAAUGUAUUUUGAAAUGAAAGUUGUGACGUUCUGGAUCAUAGCGGCAAUCUCUGCCUUUUACAGAAGUGCCUGAGGGCUUGGGUGUGAUUCGUGGUAUGUAGGUUGUUUGCACCUGGCUAAAAGCAUGAAGAAAAAAUCCUGCAGCUUCCAGGGAACCUGGUGUUUUUGCAUGAUGCCCUUUAGGAUUAUGGGCUUUCAAAGCAUUUUGCAAUUCUGAGACCAGGGCAUUUCUUCCGCUUGAAAAUGAAAGUCCAGCUUCAGCCCCAAAUUCGGCACCAGUGGGGUGAUCUCCUACUAUGGUAUAUCUCUGCACUGCAGUGGAGCGUGUGCCACCUGUGGGAAUGCUUCUGUUUGGGAUUUGUGUGAAUUGUACCAUCCUUUAUCCUUAUGGUUCCUUAUUGAUAGUUACUUGCUCUUUUUGUGUGUAAUACUGUAGUUAACAGUACAGAUAGAUAUAAAAAAAUAUUGUGGGCUUUGUGGAGAGAAAGAGAAUGUAAGAGAGAAAGAGAAUGUAACGAAGAACCUGGAAUGAUAAUUCAUAUGUGAUGAGGUUGCAAGGAAAUAAAGAAGUUUUGUGGAAUAAUACACGAGGAACUUAAGAAAAUGCUAAAAAAAAAACCUUGAUAAAAAAUCCCGAAGCUUAUCUAUUAGGGUUGGUGGGCAAAAACAUACCACAUAUGAAAAAACCAAUCUUUUUAUAUGCAACAACAGCUGCCAGGGUAGUGAUUGCCACUAAAUGGAAAUCUCAGGACACACCAACAAAGGAAGAGUGGAUUUGUAAAUUAAGUGAGUAUAUAGAAUUGGCAAAAUUAACUUCAAUUAUAAGAUAUCAAUCAAAUCAAAAGUUAAGAAUGGAGUGUAAGUAUUUCAAAGAUUAUAUGUCAAAAUAUUGUUCUAAAAAUGACAUGCUAAGAGGCUUAGAACAAAAAAUGUAAGCAAUAACAAAACCAAUAAAGAAAGAAGGAAAAAUCAGAAUUUAACAAAAAUAAUUUAUUAUAGAAUGCAAGGGAAAAAGGUAGAAAGAAAUAUAAAGAAGUUGAAUUGCUGUGGAGGGAAGUAGAGGGUAGGUGGUGGGUUUUAUAAUUAAGUGUAUAAUUAUACAGCUGUUGUAAUUUAGAUAUUAUAUUUUAUGUGAGGGAAUCAUUGGGAAUUUUGGUUAUUAUGUAUAUAUGUUAAGUUUCAAUAAAGAUAUUUGGGGGGGAGAGAAAAAAAAGAGAAGUACGUCUUUGUAACUAGUGGUGGCAUGGGCACUAGCAAAUAGGUACCUGUGGCAUGUGCGCAACUGAACUUACUGUAUUCCAAACUGCAGCUGCUUUUUGCAGAUAAAUUGCAUUUUCCCAUCAAUAUAAGUACUACAGUGGAAAGGAAAUCUGGAUUACCCAAACAAUGUGAGUAACAGCUCUAUGUUCACGGUGCAAUAAAACAAUAGUCUUGAAAUACCUAGUGGUAUAACAGGCCAUUAUUGCAAGCCUUGGGGAGAAAAGACCAAGGGGAAACUCUGGUCUCCUCUGAUUCCAAGGAAGGCUGGGAAAGUAUUGCAGCAGAAGGAAGGGAGAAGUGAUUAUGUGCCCUUUGUCAAAUGGGGCCAUAUAAAUGUGAUAAAAAUGAGAUGGAUAAAGACUGUAAAUCAAUUUGUACACUAAUUAUGCUGUAAAAAGUAUUUAUUUAUUGUGCAUGCUUUAGCAGAAUCACAGAGAUUCAGUGUAUGUGCAGUGCAGACAAGUAAGACAAGUAAGGGAGUUUUGGGGGGGAAAUCUCAGGACCUGGCACAAAUAGAUGUCAAACAGCUUUUAAAUAUAACCAGCUAAGCUCCAUUCUUAUGCAACUGGAAUUUGCAUAUUUGCUGUAGCCAGUACUUAAGUCACCACAGGAGCUGUGGUUUUGACCUCUUCAUUUCAUGUAUGAAAGAUGCUAAGCUUUAGGGGAAAGCGAGAAAUGUUGUCAAGGCAGGAAUCUGUCUCUUCAAUCUGCAUAAAAAGAACAAGUUGGCAAACCACGCGGAAGACUUUUUGUUUUAACGAUUUCACGAUAUGUUGUUCAUUUCUUCAGACUGUACCCAGUUAAAGUUUCUUGAAGUAUUAAGUGAUACGGAAGUGCUUUAAAAUAAAUAAAUGUCACAUGCACACAGGAGCGAAAUCCCAAUUCAAAGAGAUGAUGUUUGGGUAGCACCUUUCCAUUAAAAGUUAUUUCAUUUUGUAGCAUCUAAUCUGAAGAUCACUUUCUCCGUGUCAUGGUAUAAGGCAGAUGAUAAAUCCCCCCCCAAAAAAAAUGCACUUCACCAGGGGGAAAUCAAGUUUGAUGGGAAAUUGCUGUAUCUUGUUAGGAGCACGGAGCAAAAAUUUUAAAGUAUCCCAGAGUGAUGCUCUUCCUUUGCAUCCUGUUAUGCUUGUGUAUGGAAGGCUUUGGAAGGAGGCUGUGAUGUGCCCAGGCUGUGGAUGCCGUAGAGUUAUGGGCAAUAAUGGGAGAGGGCAAAGGGCUCACAAGUCCAGACUUACGUGUGGAUCAGAUUGGAACUACUGUAUCUGCUCUCUAUCCAAGAAAUAUUGCAUAUUGCUAUGAUUGCGCCUGUGUAGCAACAUGGUCUUGUUUGCUCUCCUAGUCCUUUAUCACGUCAGAUGUUGGUUUCUCUUCACUUUGUCCCCCAACUUCUACUUGUUGUCUUUUGAUCGCUUGAGCACAUAAGAUCUUUUAUGUUGGCUGCUCUACCUCUGGCCUUUUCCACUGUUGUUUCUGCUUACUCAGAUUUCCAUCGCUGUAUUUGUGUGUAGAUUUCUGGACGGUAUUCAUCCCCAUUUUUCCAUUACUGAUGCAGUUCUCAGCCUUCGGCAAAUAGAACAUUGUGUGUGGAAGGUGGGAGAGCUAGGAGUGAAGUGGGGAAUAUAUAAUUAUGGCAAAUCAGUAACAGCCCAGUAGUAACCUGUUGUGUGCAACUUCUGAAAGGGCACAAGGAUUACAUCCAGGUCUUGUAAUGAGAUGGACCUGUGUGAGAGUUAAAGGGAUGGAUCCACAACAAAUCUCUGCUGAGAGCAUUUCCCCAGCAUUCACAAGCAAGAUUUCCUUUUUAAAAUGCCACUGCUAAAUGUGUUUUUGCAUGUAUUUUCUAGAGAGGUCAACAAGGGCACUGUGUAUUAAAUUUUCUAUUUGUGUUCCUGAGGACUAGAAACUUUUUUUAAAAAAAAAGGGACAAGCUUGUCUGUAAGCCAGCACAUUCUAUUCUAGAAAUCCACAUGCAUCCUUGUUCUGUUCAGCUGCUUCAGUGCUGAUGUCUAGAACCACCAGUGUUUCUAGAUCCUUUCAGUUUCUUUGGAUUCUAUGAACAAUUUCACUGGACUCCAUUGUUCUGGCUUCUCAUUAACUGUUUUUUCUUUCCUUUAAAAAAAAAUCUAUUACUUUUAUUUGAGCAUAAUGAACAACCAAAUAUUUUCAGUGAAGCUCUGCGGUCUUGUCAAUAUAUGGUGCAAGAUGUAUAAUAUAUUCAUAGUAAUCUAAUGCAGCAAAAUUAAUCAGUAACUAACCUUUUUCUUCUCUUUUGACUCUCCAGGGGGCCAGCUGUGA